CAGCACGGUCCCACCUCCUUUUCCCCGUUUAACUUCCACCAUAUCUCAUCCCCACACUUUUCCUCUUCGUUCUUUGCCUCAAAUUAAAAUCCAACUCCUCUUUCAAUUCGCACACACCCAACCCAACCCAACCCUUUAAAUCAAAACCAAAAACUUGUUUCCAUUUCAUACUUCAUUAUAUAUGUAUAUAUACAUACAUAUACACGAAUUGAAGCUAGCCUAUCUAGUAUAUAUCUUACCCUUAGACACAACAAAUUCCACAUAACAAUUUCAUCUAGCAAUGUUAAAAAACCAACCACAACCAGAUUGGCCUGAGCCCAUUGUCCGGGUUCAGUCCUUAUCCGAAAACUGCAUAGAUUCAAUCCCUGAAAGGUACAUCAAGCCUUCUACUGAUAGACCAUCCAUAAGAAGUUCUAAUUUUGAUGAUGCCAAUAUUCCAAUCAUCGACCUUGGUGGUCUGUUUGGUGCUGACCAACGUGUCUCAGACUCAAUUCUUAGGCAAAUCUCAGAGGCUUGCAAAGAGUGGGGCUUCUUCCAAGUCACUAACCAUGGUGUUAGCCCUGAUUUGAUGGACAAGGCUAGGGAAACUUGGCGUCAAUUCUUUCACAUGCCCAUGGAGGUGAAGCAGCAAUAUGCCAACUCGCCAAAAACCUAUGAAGGGUACGGAAGCAGACUUGGAAUUGAGAAAGGUGCUAUUCUUGAUUGGAGUGAUUACUAUUUUCUUCACUAUCUUCCCUUGCCACUCAAGGACUAUAACAAAUGGCCUGCCUCGCCUCCCUCUUGCAGGAAAGUGUUUGAUGAGUAUGGGAGAGAGUUAGUGAAGCUAUGUGGGAGGUUGAUGAAGGCUUUGUCAAUAAACCUUGGAUUAGAUGAAAAAAUUCUUCAAAAUGGUUUUGGGGGAGAAGACAUAGGGGCAUGUCUAAGAGUGAAUUUUUACCCUAAAUGUCCACGGCCAGAGUUGACGUUGGGUUUGUCAUCACACUCAGACCCUGGAGGAAUGACUAUGUUGCUUCCAGAUGAUCAAGUUCCUGGUCUUCAAGUUCGAAAAUGUGAUAAUUGGAUUACCGUGAAGCCUGCACGCCAUGCUUUUAUCGUCAAUAUCGGAGACCAAAUUCAGGUUCUAAGCAAUGCAAUUUACAAGAGUGUGGAGCACAGAGUGAUAGUAAAUUCAGAUAAAGAGAGAGUUUCUCUGGCAUUUUUCUACAACCCCAAAAGUGAUAUACCCAUUGAGCCAAUAAAAGAGCUGGUAACACCGGAAAAGCCCUCACUCUACCCAGCAAUGACCUUCGAUGAAUACAGACUCUUCAUUAGAAUGAGAGGACCUCGAGGCAAAUCUCAAGUUGAAUCUUUAAAGUCUCCCAGAUGAUCAAUUCUGCUCAUAGGCUUUUAUUGCUUGCAUUCUAUGUCCAUUUCAAAUAGUAAGUCACUAUAUAUGACGUGUUUGGUUUCACGUCUUUACAGCGUGCGUGCGUGUUUAGUUUCACGUCUUGGAUGUGAUUUUUUUUACAUCUUAGAUGUUAUUUUAAGAAGUUAAUAGUUAUAUAUAGUUUUCAUGUCUGAAAUGUGAUUCCUUACUUCUCAAGAGUUUACAAGCACGCUAUACCUUAUUGGUGUAUAAUUAAUUGUAAAUCUUGUAACUAGAUCGGGAUUUGUUUGCACAUUGAGCCACAGAGUAAGGAUAUGUAAGAGAGAUUGGAUAUAUAGAUAUGAUAUUGUUUUGAAAAGCUGUUUUCUACUUUGCUCUGUAAUGAUGGCUAAAUUUGAUGGACAAUAAAGAUUCUUCCAAGGUGUGUAAAUAAAACUAGGUUUUGUCCCCACUUCACAAUCGAUGAUUGUGGUGAUAAUGAAGCACACCAUAAUUUUAAGAAGA